CUUUCGUCUCCCACUCUCAUCAAUCUUAGAUUCCUCUCUUCUCUUUCUCUCUGAUAUUUCAAAGCUUUUACACUUCUUCCAAAUCUUGAAAGAUCAAUUAUUAUGGCUGGCGAGAUUCAUCAAGAACCGUUUAGCCUUAGUUUUCAGGGAAGUUCUAUCCACUCUGGAUCGAUAUCGUUUGGAAGAUUUGAGAAAGAGUUAUCAUGGGAGAAGAGGUCAUCUUUUUCUCACAAUAGGUAUCUUGAAGAAGUUGAUAAGUGCUCUAAACCUGGCUCUGUUACUGAGAUGAAAGCACAUUUUGAGGCUCAUUUCAAGAAGAAAGGAAUCAGAUUACCGGCUUCUCUUGAAUCUCAAACUUGGGGAGUUCGUCAAACAGGUGGUGAGCCGGAUGAUGAAGCUGUCUAUGCUACUGAGAGUUUCGAGGAUUAUCGAUCUGAUGGGAGUUUCUCGGAGAACACAAGUCAGUCAAACAGUGUUUGUAACUACAGCCAUGAACAAGAGAAAUGUGGUGAAGGAAAGAACCAAUGUGAGUAUGAUGAGGAAAGUGAUAAAUGUGUGAGCUAUGAUGAGAUUCUGGUGAAUUCGGAUGAAGUGGUUGAGCUUGAUGAUGAAGAAGGCGGUGGUGACCACAGGAUUCUUGCUGUUCCUGUUGAGUGUGGGGAUCUUGAAACUCCUGAGACGCCACAAGAGAUUGAGAUUCAAGAUAUUCAAGAUUCUGCUUUAGUUGAAGAGACCAGAUCAAGACUCGAGGAACAUGUUCCGAAAAAGCCAUCUGAUGCUACGGAAACACCCUCCUCCUCUGCAUCUAGAUCCAAGUCUCGGGAAAAUGUAAAACCUAUUAUUCCUCUUGAUGUGCGUGUGACUAAAGCUUCUACAAAGAAACAUGAUGUUAAGUCAAAAGCUACUUCCAUGAAGACAAAGGGUUCUUCUUUAAGUUCUAAUUUGAAAACCAAUGUAGAAGCCAAGAGUCUAAAGGAAUUAAGACCGAAGAAAACCAUUGAGUCUCAUCCUAAAACAUCGAAGAGAACCGAGACACGAACUCCUAUUGCUACAAACAGGUUAAAGACUAGUACCAAUUCUUCUAAGCUGGAGAUGAGUACAGGCUCUACUAGUUUCCAUUUCAAAUGUAGUGAACGAGCUGAGAAGAGAAAAGAGUUCUAUAUGAAACUGGAGGAGAAAAUACAUGCUAAGAAAACAGAAACAAACCAAGUUCAGGCCAAAACACAGCAAAAGGCCGAAGCUGAGAUGAAACAGUUCAGGAAAAGCCUCAACUUCAAGGCAACACCAAUGCCUUCAUUCUACAACACCGAUACUAGACCAAGAUCUCAUAACAAGACCGAGCCAUCUAAAGUAGCACCAUCAAGAUCACGACCCGCGUCCUCAGCCUCAAUGUCUAACAGAGCAGUCACAAGAGUUCCUUACAAACACGGUUCUGAAGAAGCUAAAACGGUAAAGGUAAUGGUCAGUAAUAGAAAACAAAGCGCGGCUAAAGAUUCGGAUUUGAAAAAGAGUAAUCUCAUGGCGGUUGAAAUAAAGCAAAAGAUUGGUGCUCGUCCUGCAAGAAGCGGAAACUAAACAGACAUGUGGCGAUUUGAAUUCUGCGGUUGGCUGCAUCGCUUUCUAACGCGAUUAAUCAUAUCAUCAUCCUCUGCUUUUGUUUAGCGUUCUGUUAAACUGAUAUGUGUGACUCUGCUAAGUACUUAAGUCUUUAACCAAUAAGAAAAAACAACUCUGAAUAGUAGACAUAAUAAUAACAUUACAUCCAAUUUGUUUCUAUUUA